AAGUUAAUUAUAAGCACGACAGAAGAUACAUAAGCGCUUACGCACUGGUAUGCCUCUGAUUUGUUGAAAGAGGUGGGAGCACGUGCUAUUGCUGCGAACACAUCGAGAAAGCAUACGAUAUAUUAGUCUCUGUCGGACUCGCGAGAUCGGUCGUCGCGUCAGCAGCGGAUUUUUCAAUCGUCCAGACUCUACGAUUAAUAAAUCAGCUGAUGGUCGUCAUGGCAAGACACACGAUUCUUGGACUUCUUAUACUGUGCAAUUAUCUAAUCAUCAUCGGCCAAUCACGGACAAUUGCACAUAUCAAUGGGACCAACAUUCGCACUAAAAAUGAUGAUCAAGUCACUAAGAAACCAUUUACUCUGGAAGAGAUUUAUCUUCAACUUUACUAUAGCUUCGGCUUCAAUGGCACGUGGAUCUCCGAUAGAGAAAUUAUGAUUACAGAUAUUGUUAACAGCAAUAUUACUAUUUAUGAUGUAGUAACAAAGGAGAAUAAACGAAUUUUUGAUGGAUCAAAAUGGCCACUACCAUACAAAUUUAUGUCGGCAACCUUCUCGGCUGACAAACAAUACAUUCUGUUUGGUUACAAUGUUAAACAAGUAUUCAGACAUACGACCGUCAGAAAUUAUGUAGUAUACGACGUAAACCGCAGUACAUAUAGCGAAAUCGCGGAUGAAGCUCCUAUCGUAUUGGCAUUAUGGUCACCGAUCGGCAAUGAUUUGGUUUACGUUCAUGAUAACGAUAUCUAUCACAUGAUUUUCAAUCACGAGCAGACUAUAGUUCGUAGAUUAACGAAAAGCGGUAAAUUUGGUGUCAUUUAUAAUGGAGUUCCGGAUUGGGUAUAUGAAGAGGAAGUACUUAGAUCUGCAGUCGCAAUGUGGUAUUCGCCGGAUGGACGGUAUCUAGCUUUUGCAACUUUUAACGAUACCGUAGUAAAAGACAUGGCAUACUUUUAUUACGGUGUUCCUGGUUCUUUUGAGGAUCAAUAUCCUACUCAAGUAAAGCUAAAAUAUCCCAAGGUAGGUACGCCUAAUCCAGAAGUUUUUUUGUCAGUAAUCGAUUUAAGUAAUCAAUCAUCGAAAGCAAUUGUUUUGGAAGCGCCCGUUGAUGUGAUUGGCAGCGAUAAUAUUUUAUUUACUGCAAGUUGGUGGGACACAACACAUGUAAUCGUGACAUGGACAAACCGCGUGCAAAAUCAAUCUCUAUUGAUCAUGUAUGAUACGCAGGGUAUUAGUAAACCGAUUUUACACGACGAGGAGAUCGAGGGUUGGCUUCAGCCAAAUCGCCCCAUAAGAGCCGGUGAUUAUGCGUUACUGUUACAAUGGAAGGAUUCUGGCACUAAUGCCGGUAAAUUUCGACAUAUAGUCAGAUAUGAGUUCGAAAGUGGCCGAUUCGUUUCAUCGGUAGAUCUAACGCCCGGUCCCUCCGAGGUACAUUCCAUUUUGGCCGUCGAUUCGCUUAGAGGCAAAGUUUACUACCUCGCUACAGCACCGGGUGAACCGACCCAGAGGAAUUUGUAUUCGGUACCUUUGGAUGCGAGCCAGAAACCAACUUGCAUAUCCUGCGAACUACUUACGCCGGAAGGUAAUAAAUGCACGUAUGCAACUGCAGCUUUUUCAAGCCGCAGAUCAUAUUAUGCUUUCACCUGUUCCGGGCCUGAUCCAACUGCAAUAACAAUUAACGACAGAAAUCAUCGGCCAAUCUUGACUUGGAACACUAAUUCAUUGAUAAGACAACUUUUGUCACAACGAUUGAUGCCGCAACAAAGAGAUUUCAGUGUAACUGUAAAUGGCUAUAAUUCUAGAGUCAGAUUGUUAUUGCCGCCGAAUUUCGAUGAAAAUAAAUCAUAUCCCUUGUUGGUAUAUGUAUACGGCGGUCCAAACACAGUUAGGAUCACUGAUAAUGUUAAAUACGACUAUGAGUAUUAUCUAACAACUAACAAACACGUAAUCUACGCGUGGAUCGACGGACGAGGCUCAGCCUUCAAGGGCAGCAAGAUGCUCUUCGAGAUAUAUAGAAAUAUAGGAACUGUAGAGAUCGAAGAUACAAUCGCUGUUACUAAAGCUCUACAGAACAAGUACAAGUGGAUCGAUGCGAAUAGGACUGGUUUAUGGGGUUGGAGUUACGGUGGUUUUACCAGCGGCAUGGUACUUGCAACAGAUACAGCCUCUGUGUUCAAAUGCGGCAUAUCUGUUGCGCCUGUAACUUCAUGGAUUUAUUACGAUUCUAUUUACACGGAACGAUUUAUGGGAUUGCCGACUCCCGAGGACAAUCUUGCCGGUUACAAUCGCACGGACAUCACACGACAAGUAGAAGGAAUAAGAGGCAAAAAAUAUAUGUUAAUACAUGGUACCGGGGACGAUAACGUGCACUACCAGCAAGCGAUGGCGCUCGCCAAGUCGUUGGAACAUAAUGACAUCCUGUUCGAACAGAUCACGUACACGGACGAGGCGCAUAGUCUCGAGCACGUGUCCCCUCAUUUCUAUCACACGAUGGACAAAUUUUGGAACAAAUGCUUUGGCUUGAGCAGUGCUCCUUGACCUAAACUCGUUUUUAGAUUCACUGGAAAAGAAUUAUUCGUAGCAAUAAAUUCAAUUGUACUAAUGCCAGAUUUUUGUAAUAUAAAAGAAGAAUAGUGUUGAAGGAGAGAAUUUAAAAUCUAUUAAGAUAAUUACAUUCGAAUUUGUGGAAAAAUUUACAGCGCAUAAUAUACUUGUACUAAUGUUAAUAAUGUGAGCUUGUCGUUACAAUUGAAGGCGGAUCUUGUUUCAAUAUAAUCUUGAAGAUAUCGAUGGCAGCAAUAAAAGGGAUAAUAAGUAUAUUUAUGAGCAAAGUGAGUGUUGAUCAUUUUUUUUGUCUGAGAUAGACGAAAUAUAAAAAAAGGAUUUGUUUUAAUAAUAAUGAAAAAUUUUAUAUUCAUAUAUAAUAAAUAUUAUAUAAACAUGUAGAAACAUAUUAUACAGGGUGAGUCUGAUAAAAUGUUCACCGUGUUUUUUCUCGAAAACGGUAAGAGAACGGUCAUCAAAGUAUGUACCCCUACUUAUCCUAUAACUUUUAUAAUGGAUGUCUUCUACCUAUCUCUUACCGUUUUCGAGAAAAACAAGGUGGACGUUUUAUCAGACCCUGUAUAGUAGUAUAAAUAUGUUAUAUAUUUAUUUAAUUAUAUUAUAUAAAUAAAUGUCUUAAAGAAAGUUACAUUUUUGCAACGACUAUUUAUUGAUGCCAUCAAUAUCUUUGUCAGAAGAUUAAAUUUGUUUGUAUAUAACAUUUUUAUGA